CUCAUAGAGUCCAGUGGGCGGGGGACUCCAUAUCCCAGCAUGCUCCGCGGCGGGCCCGACCGGCCGCGACUCGGGGCUUGGCCCCGGCCCUAGCUUGUUGGCGGUGUGUCGGGGCGCGUGGAGGCUGCAGUCACGGUGGCGCCCGCGGGGACGGAGGAGGGAAUGAGUGAAGAGGAGCAGGGCUCCGGCACUACCACGGGCUGCGGGCUGCCCAGAGCAAAUGCUGGCAGCCAACCCGGGCAAGACCCCGAUCAGCCUUCUGCAGGAGUAUGGGACCAGAAUAGGGAAGACGCCCGUGUACGACCUUCUCAAAGCCGAGGGCCAAGCCCACCAGCCUAAUUUCACCUUCCGGGUCACCGUUGGCGACACCAGCUGCACUGGUCAGGGCCCCAGCAAGAAGGCAGCCAAGCACAAGGCAGCUGAGGUGGCCCUGAAACACCUCAAAGGGGGGAGCAUGCUGGAGCCGGCCCUGGAGGACAGCAGUUCUUUUUCUCCCCUAGAUUCUUCACUGCCUGAGGACGUGCCGGUUUUCACAGCUGCAGUGGCUGCUACUCCCGUUCCAUCUGCUGUCCCAACCAGGAGCGCCCCCAUGGAGGUGCAGCCCCCUGUCUCCCCUCAGCAGUCUGAGUGCAACCCUGUCGGUGCUCUGCAGGAGCUGGUGGUGCAGAAAGGCUGGCGGUUGCCUGAGUACACGGUGACCCAGGAGUCUGGGCCAGCCCACCGCAAAGAGUUCACCAUGACCUGCCGAGUGGAGCGUUUCAUUGAGAUUGGCAGCGGCACUUCCAAAAAGCUGGCGAAGCGUAAUGCAGCGGCCAAAAUGCUGCUUCGAGUGCACACGGUGCCCCUGGAUGCCCGGGAUGGGGGUGAGGCAGAGCCUGAGGAUGACCAGUUUUCCAUCGGUGUGGGCUCCCGUCUAGAUGGAGUUCGGAACCGGGGCCCGGGCUGCACCUGGGAUUCUCUGCGGAAUUCGGUGGGAGAGAAGAUCCUGUCCCUCCGCAGCUGCUCCCUGGGCUCCCUGGGCGCUCUGGGCCCUGCCUGCUGCAGUGUCCUCAGUGAGCUCUCUGAGGAGCAGGCCUUCCGUGUCAGCUACCUGGAUAUUGAGGAGUUGAGCCUGAGCGGGCUCUGCCAGUGCCUGGUGGAGCUGUCCACACAGCCGGCCACCGUGUGCCAUGGCUCUGCAACUACCAGGGAGGCAGCCCGUGGUGAGGCUGCGCGCCGUGCCCUGCAGUACCUCAAGAUCAUGGCAGGCAGCAAAUAAGGCCCCGGCUGGACUCGUGGACAUACAUCCUUUGCUCCCUGCUCUUCCUGCCCCUGGCCCGUGCAUCUGCCCAGCUCUGGUACCCCUGGAGGUGCCCCCUCUACCUCUGACACAGACUGCCUGCCUGCAGGCUGAGGAGGGCACAGGGCCAGGAGUCAGGGACCACAGGGCCUCAGCUGGCCCAGGUUCUGUCCUCACAUAACUGGUGAUGACAGAGGGGAAUGAAAUCGGGGGCUCUCCAGUAAGAGCCCUGAAUAAACGUGCUGCUUUUUGGAUUCUUAAA